GUGGCACUAUGCACAUUAAGAAAAAAUCAAAUGGCGAUGAAAUAAAAAUUUGGAGAGAGGAGAAGCUGAGAGAAAAACAAAGUGAAAACUCUGCGUUUAUUUUGUGUGGGCAGAGGGAAAUCACUUCUCAAGUCAGGAAGAUGAGCCACGUGUUACCAACAUUGACGAAGAAGAUAGAGGUGGAUACCAUCAUCAGAGACACCCUCGAUGAGGUCCUGGUUCUCCGCUUUGGUCGUGCUACUGAAACACUUUGUCUCCAGCUAGAUCACAUUCUUUCGAAAGCAGCAAGGGAGGUCUCUAAGUUUGCAACUGUGGCAUUGGUUGAUGUUGACUCCGAGGAGAUUCAAGUCUAUAUCAAGUAUUUUGACAUCACUUUGAUACCAUCUACAGUGUUUUUUUUCAAUGCCCAUCACAUGAAAAUGGAUUAUGGGACUGCUGAUCAUACUAAAUGGGUUGGUUCUUUUUACACAAAGCAAGACUUCAUAGAUGUUGUAGAGACAAUAUUUAGAGGAGCAAUGAAGGGAAAGCUUAUUGUGAAAUGUCCUCUCCCGCCUGAACGUGUACCAAAAUACCAGAUACUGUACAAGGAUGUUUAAAAAAUAAAUUCAAUCUCUGCUUCCUUUUUUAUUUUCAUAGGGGUGGGGAUAAUUAACUUGAAAAUACUCCAAUGGUAAAUAUUGUUCUGUUUUUGUUCUUCUCUUCCUUUUUGCUUAGUAUGUGCUUGACUCAUUGAGUUGAGUUCUUUUGUAUAUAUUGAAUUUUUCAUAUUAUGUUGCUUUCAUGAAAUAAGAGUUGGUCAUUCUUUUAUUUAUUUA